AUGUACAGCCGGGGGCUGGGCCUCGGUGACUUCAACGUGCUUGACGGCGAAGGCAACCCGUUUCUGUUCGAGCAGUUCAACCAAUGUCGGGCGGUGUUGAUAGUAAACGUCGCCAGUCAGUGCAGCACGGCGGAAAGGAACUACCUAGAGCUGCAGGCACUACGAGAAGCAUACGACGAGGAAGAGCUCGCCAUCGUAGCCUUCCCGUGCAACCAAUUUGGAGGACAAGAGCCGGGCAGCUGGCAAGAGAUAUCUAGUUCCGCGGAGAGAAGAUUCGGCGUCACGUUUCCCAUCAUGGGCAAGGUGGAAGUGAACGGGCUUCGGUCGCAACCUCUGUUCGCAUGGCUCAAGGCAGCCUCGGGGGUGCCGGGGAACAUCGAAUGGAACUUCACGAAGUUCCUUGUCGUGGGGGGCAACCACGUGACAAGAUACUCCCACGAGGUGAAUCCUAGUCAGAUCGAGCAAGACAUUAUUAGUGCUCCCAGUGCCGGGUACGAGGGCGACUUAUGA